AUGGCUGCUCUCACGAGUUUCCUCUCGCUGCUUCUGCUAGCAGCCGCGUUGUCACUAUCCACACCGGCAGCCUCAACUUCCAGGCGGCUCACCCAGCUCGACCCAACCACCACCACCGCCGCCGCCGGCGGCUUCCAGGUCGCCCUGACCCACGUCGACUCCGGCAAGAACCUCACCAAGUUCCAGCGGCUCCAGCGCGGGAUCAACCGGGGGAACUACCGGCUCCAGAAGCUCACCGCAAUGGUCCUGGCCCAAUCCACUCCCGAAGCAGCCGACGAUGUGGCUGCUCCGGUCGUGUCGGGCAACGGCGAGUUCCUGAUGGAACUCGCCGUCGGGACGCCUCCCGUGUCCUACUCCGCGAUCGUGGACACGGGAAGCGACCUGAUAUGGACCCAGUGCGACCCCUGCACCAACUGCUACAAGCAGCCCACCCCGAUUUUCGACCCCUCGAAAUCCUCCACAUUCGCCAAGCUCCCCUGCUCCAGCACCCUCUGUUCCGCCCUGCCGCAGUCGUCGUGCGGAUCCGACGGCUGCGAUUACCUCUACACCUAUGGAGAUUACUCGUCGACCCAGGGGGUCAUGGCCACCGAGACGUUUACAUUCGGCGGGAACAAGGUAAAGGUUCCGAAAGUCGGGUUCGGGUGCGGGGAGGAUAACGAAGGGGACGGGUUUACUCAGGGAGGUGGGCUCGUCGGACUGGGCCGCGGCCCACUCUCACUCGUCUCCCAGCUCAAGCAGCCCAAGUUUUCGUACUGCCUGACGUCUAUCGACGAUGCCGCGGGGGCCACCAGCACGCUGUCCAUGGGCUCGCUGGCUGGACCGACGGGUAACUCCUCGGCCACGACCGGUUUGAUUCAGAACUCGGCUCAGUCCUCGUUUUACUACAUUUCCUUGGAAGGGAUCUCGGUCGGCGGGACCGGCCUGUCCAUCCCCGCGUCGACUUUCGCGCUGCAGAGCGACGGCAGCGGCGGGAUGAUCAUCGAUUCCGGGACCACGAUCACGUACCUGGAGCGCAGCGCGUUCGACGAGGUGAAGAAGGCGUUCAAGGCCGCGAUCGAUCUGCCGGUCGACAAUUCCGGUUCGACCGGUCUGGACCUCUGUUUCGACCUGCCGUCGGGCGGCGGGUCGGGCGACAUCAAGGUGCCGACCCUGGUGUUUCAUUUCAAAGGGGCGGAUUUGGAGCUGCCGGCCGAGAAUUACAUGAUUGCGGAUUCCAGCGUCGGGCUGGUGUGCUUGGCGAUGGGGAGCUCGAGCGGGAUGUCGAUUUUCGGGAAUAUUCAGCAGCAGAAUUUCAUGGUGCUCUAUGAUUUGGCCAAGGAGAGCUUGUCUUUCACUCCGACCCAGUGCGCCAAAUCGUGA